AUGCCGGACAUCAUCUUCACUGACGAAGAUUUUCACGCUCCAGAUCCCGACCAGGAUGAUCCAAUGGUGAUAACCGCCCGCAUAGCCGAGUACGACGUAAGCAAAGUCCUCAUCGAUCAAGGCAGCUCCGUUAAUAUCCUAUAUUGGACCACUUUCCAAAAGAUGGGACUGUCAGAAGACAUAAUAGCGCCAUUUGGAGAGCAAAUUGUCGGCUUUGCAGGCGAACGAGUGGAUACUCGAGGCUACGUAGAUCUCAGAACCCGGCUGGGAACUGGCGACAAGGCCAAAGAACUCCGUACACGGUUCCCGUUGGUAGAAGCCCACACCUCGUAUAACGCCCUCCUUGGGCGGCCCUGCCUCAAUGCCUUCGGUGCCAUAGUUUCCACUCCGCACCUGGCAAUGAAAUUUCCUUCCGAAGAAGGAAAGAUAUGUACCGUACGGGCAGAUCAGAAAGUCGCCCGACAGUGUUAUGUAGCCUCUCUAAAAGACAAGACAUAUCGCAGAGAAAAACGAUCGGAGGCAAUAUUGGUCGAUUUAGAUCCCAGGACCAACACUGACGAUCGCAUGCAACCCCAGGGGGAAACCAAACAGUUCAUUCUCGGCAGAAAUGACGACCAAACCACUUCCAUCGGCGCCGGCUUAGCCCCCGAGCAGGAACAGGACUUAACUGCAUUACUAAAAACGAACAGCAAACUUUUUGCGUGGACCGCCUCCGACAUGCCAGGAAUUCACCCCAGUGUGAUCACCCACAAGUUGUCUAUAUUCCGNGAAGCCCGUCCGGUUGCACAGAAAAAACGACGACUAGGCAACGACAAAAGGGAGGCUGUGCAGAACGAGGUAAACAAACUGGUGAAGGCCGGAUUUGUCCGCGAAAUCCGAUACAGCACUUGGCUCGCAAAUGUUGUAAUGGUGAAAAAAGCGAACGGUCAGUGGCGAAUGUGUGUUGACUUCACUGACCUGAAUAAAGCCUGCCCGAAGGAUAACUACCCCCUCCCCAGCAUCGACCGGUUAGUAGACGGUGCUUCGGGACACGCAGUUUUGAGCUUCCUCGACGCCUAUUCCGGAUACAACCAAAUUCCCAUGUACGUCCCGGACCAGGAGAAGACAACUUUCAUAACGGAGCAUGCCAAUUAUUGCUACGAGGUAAUGCCGUUCGGUCUGAAAAAUGCAGGUGCAACGUACCAACGGCUCAUGGACAAAGUCUUUCGGGACCAAAUCGGGCGGUGUAUGGAAGUCUAUGUAGAUGACAUGGUGGUAAAGAGCUCCUCACACCAACAACAUCUGAAAGACCUGGCGGAAGUCUUUCAACAACUCGAAAAGCAUGACCUACGAUUGAAUCCGUUAAAAUGCACCUUUGUAGUGCAAGCAGAACUUACCCCGACAUUGGGACGAUCAAUGCGAAGCCGCCUUCACCACCAUAAAAAAUAUACUAACGUCUCCGCCAGUUAUGGCGCGACCAACAGAAGGCUCCGACUUACAGCUGUACUUGGCGGCCUCUAG